GUACAAUGUACACGAGCCUCAGAGCCACUGACGCAUAUCGGCGGUUUAAUUAAACCAGUUUUCAUGCAGCCCUAUUCUCACGGAAGUGUCCCAUGCGCGUUCUAGAACCUUCUAUUUGAUCAUUUACUCAAAACAACACAAUACCGCAGAUGCUCGGGAGUUUUGACUUGAACCGAGGUAAACAACGGCGUAUGUUGGCAAUUUCACCUCGUAUACAUCGACUGUGUUUUUGGUUCUUGUCUGUAGAACGCUUGGAAAUUGUGCUUUGAUGCUACCGUGGAAGCUGGCCUGCUAACAGCGGCGUGAUACGAAACCAGACAGGCUAUAUACAGCCAUAUUUGUCUAUGUAUACAUAUUACUAAUACUUGAGACAGAAAUUUAGUGCUGUAUUACCUAGAAGAGAUCGAAAUAGAAAGGCUUUGCUAUCGGUAUCAUUCGAUUCUACAUAAUAUGUGCCUUGCUCAGCCAUUAUUAUUUGAAGCCGUUCGUGCAAGACCUUUGAUGGUGCGAAAGUUCCGACCGGGUUUUGAUACCUCUUUGUGCUAACUCCAAGGGAAGUGUUCCUAUCACGUUUCUGGUCGCUUCUACACCGCGCGUGGCCUUGGCUUGAGCUGCAGAUUUUUCUAGACUGAGAAAAUUUCUCUCACAAGUCUGCAGAAAGAGUUGGUGCCUCAGAAAGAGCGGUCAAGGAUUUAAAGGCUUAUAGACCUGGAGGUUCAAAAUUAACUGGCGGUCUCAUUUUUGAACUAUUCCGAUUUUUGGUGAUUUAAAAGACUUCCUAUCACCGUAUUGAGUUACGCUUGAACAAAAGUUUCUGGGUAUUUCUAAUUAUCUACAGCUUAUGUCAGAUCUAUAAAAUUUUCAUACCUAACGAGGCAUUGUCUUAUCGAGGCUAACGUCCAAUUUGGGAUUGAUUGACCGUGUAGUUUCUGGUUCCCAUAAAGUUUUGAUGCAAAGACCUGCACGUUUUUGCUGUACAGAGUUGGUGUGCGUGGACUUGCUGUCGUAUCCAAAGAGUUGGUGAGCGCGUUCAUUGAAUUGAAUAUCAAGUUGCCAGAAUUUGAACUUUGCAUCAAGAAUUGAGCACCCUGCGUCACCUCACCCAUAUUUGUUUUUGAGUUUAGCCGUUCUAACAUACAUUCUCCCUAACAUUUUACCUCACAAAGUGUUGAAGACAUUCACAGAACUGACAAGUCGUGAAAGCAACAAACAACUGUAGCUGACAGAAGAGACCUGCUUGUGACUUGAAAAGACUUGAAAGUUGAAUAACAUUGACACUGACCUAUUGACACCCCUUUUCGUGUGACUUUUACCCUUACUCUACAAGUUUUUGCCCUACGGACUAGUGUGGGAGUUUUCAUCUACAAAGUAUCCUGCUACGAACAGUUUUCUUCAAAGAGAAAACAAUUUUAAGUUUCUAGUUGUUUCUGUUAGUUUAUCGCCAAUGAAGGUGCACGAAAGCGCGCGUGUUUCAUAUCAUUAUCACUGCAAGAUGGAGAGCCAAUCGCGAAGGUAUCACCGCAACGCGCACUGUCGUGACAAACCCGUCCUCCACGAAAUCUUCCUCACCCUCGAGGAACUCUCGCGUGGAUGCACGAAAAGAAUGAAAAUCGCUGCGAAAGUUUUUAACGACGAUUUUCGCAUAAUACGCACGGAUGAAAAAAUCAUUACAAUGGACGUGCCAGCCGGAUCAAAGGACGGUACGAAAAUCGUUGUGCCCUCCGCCGGGGACGUAAAACCGGGUAUCAUUCCCGGGGAUGUGAUAUUCGUUAUCCGCGAACGACAACACCCUUGUUUCACUCGUGACGACGAAAAUAAUCUGAUAUAUAAGGUUGAGAUUUCUCUUAGAGAAGCUUUAACCGGGUGUAAUAUUAAUAUACCAAUGCUGAACGGUGAAUUUUUGACACUUAGUACCCAGGAUGUUGUAUGCCACGGCGCCAGGAAACGAAUCUCCGGGAAGGGAAUGCCGAGAGGGGGCGGAAAUCUGGGUGAUCUUCUGGUCGAGUUCUCUGUCAGUUUCCCGGUGGAACUGAACGAAACACAGAAAGAGAGUAUCAACUCAAUCCUACCAGAUUAACUUUGGUGGCCGUCUUUUGAAUGAUGUGUUUUAUUGAUGGCAUUUGCUUUUGCCUUGUUCUGGUAACCGAGUCACCGAACUGCCACACUCACACACUGUGAUGUUUGCACGGUUUAACACACUAUGAUGUUGUGAAAAUUUGAGUUAUUUUCAUCUAAUAACUACACUCAUUAAGUAUGAGAAGUUGAAAACCAUGCUGACUUAUAUUGCUUGCAUUGAUUCAAAACCGCAAGGUUUACUUUAAUAGUCACUAUUAUAUAGUAUUUAUAUAGUGAGCAAUACAUUAUAAGUAUUUAUUCCAAAACUUUCAUAGUCCUUACAAUGUGAAUGCAUACAUGAUACAUAGCUUAAGUUUUAAUUACUGGUAUUAGUUUUAGUAAUUUAGAAGUUCGUCUUAGACAAUAGCGACCCAGCUUGACAAAAUAUUUCAUAAUAAUCACUCACAAGCGAAAAGGGAAAUUUGAUUUCUGGAAUAUUCGCAUCUGUUGACAAGCCUUAUUUGUAUAGAUUAACUUUGUUUAGAAUUGAUUGUAUAGCUAUCUUAAGUUAUCGUCAAAUUGUUGAACAUGUUUUGGACGAUCGAAUAAUGAAAUUUAGGUGGACUUAUUGAUAAUUUCUUAUUUUUGUUUACUUAUGACACUACUUGAAAACCGAAUGUGACAAAGAACAAUAGCCAUAGUGAUGUAUUAUAGACGCUUGUAAACCUUUCUAGAAGGGCUAAUUUUAACCUUAUCAUGUUUAAACAAUAUCUGAAAUAUUGAUCAUUAUAUCAGGCUCAAUGAAUAACAGUUCUAACACAGUUUUUGUCAAACCGUUCCGUCCAAGACCAAAAUGUAAUUAAAAAUUGGAAGAAUUGUCAAAUAUUUACCAUGCAUGUAUGAAAUCUCGACUUAUUUUGUCUCAUACU